CCGGUGAAUGCUUUCCAGCAGAAGAAGCAGAAUAUCAACACGUGCCGCUUACAUUUGUUGAAUUUUUUUUUAUUGUUCGUAAAAUGAUUAAAAUUAAGCGAAAACCAGCACCUCCGCCGGUGGAACAGGACUCAGACAGCGACUCCAGCUUUAACGAAGAGGAGCCGCAAGACUUGGACAUCCAGGAUGGUCCAGUCACCGACAGCAGUGAUGAAGAAGCCGCCACUAGCAACAAAAAGCAGAGCAAAAAGGAGGCUCCUCCUUCUGGAGAGCAUUUGGAUGAUGAGGACGAAGAAGAUGAUGACGAAGACGACGAAGAAGAUGAGGAGGAUGAUAAGACCCCUCGCAUUCCAGUCCUGAAUCCCCUCAGUCUGAUGCGCAACAAAGAGCAGCGCUUGGCGCUCUACAAAAAGAUGAAAAAAGAGAAGCACAAGAAGAAGAUGCAGGAGCGACGUGCCCGCAGGAAGGCAGGAGUCCCUGCCAACCCAGGCCAUACCAUAGAAAGCUUGCGAGAGAAGGAUCAGACAGAGGUGGCCAAUCUUAAUGACUCCGACAACGAGGAACUUCAAAAGGAGUUGGAGUUGGACGAUUUCAGCUCGUACUUUGAGCGAUCAUACGAGCCCAAGGUGCUGAUUACGUUCGCAGACAAUCCCGUGACGAAGACGCGCAAGUUCGGACUGGAACUGUCCCGUAUAUUUCCCAAUGCCCUGGUAAAAAUCAGGAACAAGUCAUCGGUGAAGAAAAUCUGCAAGAGCGCCGAGCGCGAGGAGUUCACAGACGUGGUUAUUAUCAACGAGGAUCGCAGGAAGCCCAAUGGUCUGCUGGUUAUCCAUCUGCCCAACGGGCCGACUGCACAUUUUAAGCUGUCCAACGUGAAGCUCACUUCGGACAUAAAGCGAGACCACAAGGAGAUAACUAAGCACAGGCCGGAGGUGAUCCUGACCAAUUUCACCACUCGUUUGGGAUUGACAGUUGGCCGCAUGCUGGGUGCCCUGUUCCACCACGAUCCAGAGUUCCGGGGCCGCCGUGCGGUGACGUUCCACAACCAGCGAGACUACAUCUUCUUCCGCCACCAUCGCUACGAGUUCUCGAAGGAAGGCAAGCGUGUAAAGCUGCGCGAGCUUGGUCCGCGAUUCACCCUGAAGCUGCGUUCCCUGCAGGAGGGUACCUUUGACAGCAAGACCGGAGACUACGCCUGGAUAAUCAGCAACAAGCGGCAUGCCAUGGAGUCCCGACGCCGCUUCUUCCUCUAGCUUGUAUUUCGAGGCAUUGUAUUUAGGUAUAGACAACUUAAUAAACCAACUGAUAAUACAAAAUAA